GAUUUCACUAUGCUCCAUAAAAACACAUUCAUUUCUAACUAAUAAAUCCUCCAUUUCUUCUCUCUCCCAAAUUAAAAAAAAAAAGAAAAAAAGAGAAGCAUCAUAUAUUGCAACAUAAAUUGAAGAGUGGAAAUUAUUAUGGCACUGGCUAAAGAAAUUAUGGGUAUUUCCCUAUUGGAGAAAUCAUCAUCAUUUGUUAACUCAUCAAAGGUGCUUUUGAAUUCCAAUUUCUAUCAGAAAGAAAAUCAAAAUCAGGUUUGGGUAAACCGAGGAAGAAGGAAUCUAAGGACAACUAAAGCAUUGAGACGGAGUCCCAUUGCAGCUAUAAGUGAAAAUUUGAUCAAAGUUGUACCUGAAAAGGCAGUGAAAUUCAAAGUUAGAGCUGUAGUUACAGUGAGGAACAAGAACAAGGAAGAUCUGAAGGAAACACUUGUGAAGCAUCUUGAUGCUUUCACUGACAAAAUCGGAAGGAAUGUCGCCUUAGAACUCAUCAGCACUGACAUCGACCCAAAUACAAAAGGGCCGAAGAAGAGCAAUCCAGCAGUGUUGAAGGACUGGUCCAAGAAAUCGAACUUGAAAACAGAACGAGUAAAUUACACAGCAGAAUUCGUGGUGGACUCGAAUUUUGGAACCCCAGGUGCGAUCACUGUGACAAACAAGCACCAACAAGAGUUCUUUCUGGAGAGUAUUACAAUAGAGGGGUUUGCAUGUGGUCCAAUUCAUUUCCCCUGUAAUUCAUGGGUUCAGCCCAAAAAAGAUCAUCCUGGAAAAAGAAUAUUUUUCUCUAAUCAGCCAUAUCUACCCAAUGAGACACCAGCAGGACUCAAAUCAUUAAGAGAAAGGGAGCUAAGAGAUUUAAGAGGCGAUGGAACAGGAGUCAGAAAAUUAUCGGAUAGAAUAUAUGAUUAUGACAUAUACAAUGAUCUUGGCAAUCCUGAUAAGGGCAUUGAUUUUGCUCGUCCUAAACUCGGGGGAAACGGCAACGUUCCCUACCCAAGACGUUGUCGCACUGGUCGCGUCCCUUCCGACACAGAUAUGAGUGCGGAGAGCCGUGUUGAGAAGCCAAAUCCAACGUAUGUUCCGAGAGAUGAACAAUUUGAGGAGUCUAAAAUGAAUGCUUUCUCAACUGGGAGGCUUAAAGCUGUGCUCCAUAACUUAAUUCCAUCAUUAAUGGCCAGCAUUUCUUCCAAUAAUCAUGAUUUCAAGGGAUUUUCGGAUAUUGAUAGCCUUUAUAGUGAAGGGCUACUUUUGAAGCUUGGUCUUCAAGAUGAGGUCUUGAAAAAGCUUCCAUUGCCUAAGGUUGUUAGCAGUAUCAAAGAAGGAGAUCUGCUCAAAUAUGACACGCCAAAGAUACUUUCAAAGGACAGAUUUGCAUGGUUAAGAGAUGAUGAAUUUGCUCGACAAGCAAUAGCAGGAGUGAAUCCAGUAACCAUCGAAAGACUUCAAGUUUUCCCACCAGUAAGCAAGCUUGAUCCUGAGAUCUACGGCCCUCAAGAAUCCGCCCUAAAAGAGGAGCACAUUCUUGGUAAUCUCAAUGGCAUGACUGUUCAAGAGGCUUUGGAUGCAAAUAGGCUUUUUAUAGUGGAUUAUCACGAUAUUUACCUGCCGUUUCUUGACCGGAUUAAUGCCCUUGAUGGACGAAAAGCAUAUGCGACACGCACCAUUUUUUUCUUGUCUGAUAUAGGCACUCUCAAGCCCAUUGCCAUUGAGCUUAGCCUCCCUCAAACGGGUCCAAGUUCGCGAUCCAAACGUGUUUGCACACCACCUGUUUGUGCCACUGGUAACUGGGUGUGGCAGCUGGCUAAAGCACACGUCUGUUCUAACGACGCUGGUGCUCAUCAACUUGUUAACCACUGGUUGCGUACACAUGCGUGCGUGGAACCAUUUAUAUUGGCAGCACACAGGCAAUUAAGUGCAAUGCAUCCAAUUUAUAAGCUUCUGGAUCCACACAUGAGAUACACACUAGAAAUUAACGGCUUGGCUCGCCAGAGCUUGAUCAGUGCCGAUGGUGUCAUCGAGGCUUGCUUUACUCCUGGCCGUUAUUGCAUGGAGAUGAGUGCUGCUGCCUAUAAGAAUUUUUGGCGCUUCGAUUUGGAAGGCCUUCCCGCUGACCUUAUCAGAAGAGGGAUCGCAGUACCGGACUCAACACAGCCUCAUGGGCUGAAACUUCUAAUUGAAGACUAUCCUUAUGCUGCAGAUGGGCUUAUGAUAUGGGCCGCAAUCGAGGGCUGGGUUCGCGAUUACGUAAACCACUACUACCCAGACUCGGCCCAAGUUUGCAAUGACAGGGAGCUUCAAGCCUGGUACGCUGAGUCCAUCAACGUGGGCCAUGCUGACCUCCGCAAUGCGGACUGGUGGCCCACAUUAGCCACUCCGAAGGACCUCAUUUCGAUCCUCACCACCAUUAUCUGGUUGGCUUCGGCCAAGAUCUUCUUAUUCAAUUUCCGCAUCUUAUACGGUGGGUACGUCCCCAACCGGCCCCCACUCAUGCGUCGAUUAAUCCCCGACGAGAAUGAUCCUGAGUACGCGGUUUUUCUAGCCGAUCCACAAAAAUAUUUUUUCUCGGCUUUACCAAGUUUGUUACAAGCAACAAAGUUCAUGGCCGUCGUGGACACAUUAUCGACUCAUUCCCCGGACGAGGAAUACUUAGGAGAGAGACAUCAACCGUCUACUUGGACCGGAGAUGCAGAGAUCGUCGAAGCCUUCUACGAAUUUUCUGCGGAAAUAAGGAGAAUAGAGAAGGAGAUUGAUGAGAAAAAUGCCGAUACGAAAUUAAGAAAUAGGUGUGGUGCUGGUGUGUUACCAUAUGAACUAUUGGCACCAAGUUCAGGCCCUGGAGUAACAUGUAGAGGUGUUCCCAAUAGUAUAUCAAUAUGAGUAUAUAUUAUCGUUGUAAGAUGCAAUUAAGUGCAUAUAUAACCAAUGUUUAUAAAGUCCAUAAAUAACAUAGACUGGUGAGUCUUCUGCAUGUAUACUACUAUGAAGAUGUAUGUUUGCAUCUACAGAUUUUUGUAAGCACAUUACAUUAAAUUAGCUACUAGUACUAGCUUAAGUCCAGCUAGAAUAUUUGUGUAAUUAUGUGUAGAUACAAGAGGCACUUCAAGCAAAGUCUUAUAAUAUUAUGAUUAACGGCUUUGAGGUUGUUUUA